CUGUCCAUAAUUUUAAAGGGUGCCUUGGGACUGUCCAUAAUUUUAAAGGGUGCCUCUGGACUGUCCAUAAUUUUAAAGGGUGCCUCGGGACUGUCCAUAAUUUUAAAGGGUGCCUCAAGACUGUCCAUAAUUUUAAAGGGUGCCUCAAGACUGUCCGUAAUUUUAAAGGGUGCCUCAAGACUGUCCAUAAUUUUAAAGGGUGCCUCCGGACUGUCUAUAAUUUUAAAAGGUGCCUCAGGACUGUCUAUAAUUUUAAAAGGUGCCUUGACUGAAAAGAAGGUUGGGAAACACUGUGCUAAGGUAAUCCCAAGCACCUUUACUGCUGCUUUGCUGCCUAUCUGCUCAUUCUAAAAUGUGAAAAACUAUUGUAAUAAUUUUAAUGAAAACCUGUGGCUUGGUGUAACUAAAAGGCGGGCUUGUUCCA